GCCCCUCUGAACCGCAGCGCGGACCCGGCUCUCGCCCGCCGCCGGGGGUCGGGCCGCCCUGGGCAAGGAUGGCGGCGGCGGCCGAGCCCCGGGCCCGCGCCUGGCUCGGCGGCAGCACGCCGCGCCCGGGCAGCCCGGCCUCCAGCCCCGAGCUAGGCGGCAGAGGCCGCGCGCGGCCGGGGCCGGGGCCGGGGCCGGGGCCGGGGCUGGGGCCGGGGUCGGGGUCGGGCCCGGAGCGGGCCGGCGCCAGGCCCCCAGGCCCCGCCGCGACUGGCCACAGCUUCCGGAAGGUGACGCUAACUAAGCCCACCUUCUGCCACCUCUGCUCCGACUUCAUCUGGGGGUUGGCCGGCUUCCUGUGCGACGUCUGCAACUUUAUGUCCCACGAGAAGUGCCUGAAGCACGUGAAGACCCCCUGUUCGAGUGUGGCGCCCAGCCUGGUCCGAGUCCCAGUGGCCCACUGCUUUGGCCCCCGAGGGCUCUACAAGCGCAGGUUCUGCGCCGUGUGCCGCAAGGGCCUGGAGGCACCCGCGCUGCGCUGCGAAGUGUGUGAGCUGCACGUUCACCCCGACUGUGUGCCCUUCGCCUGCAGCGACUGCCGCCAGUGCCACCGGGACGGGCACCGGGACCACGACACACAUCACCACCACUGGCGGGAGGGGAACCUGCCCUCGGGUGCACGCUGCGAGGUGUGCCGGAAGACGUGUGGCUCCUCCGACGUGCUGGCGGGUGUGCGCUGCCAGUGGUGUGGCGUGCAGGCCCACGCGUCCUGCUCCGCGGCGCUCGCCCCCGAGUGCGCGUUCGGGCGCCUGCGCAGCAUGGUCCUGCCCCCGGGGUGCGUGCGCCUGCUGUCCCGCAACUUCAGUAAGACGCACUGCUUCCGCAUCCCCGAGAGCCCGGGCCCGGAGCCAGGUGAGCGGGACGACGGCGUGGACGGAGGCGGCCCCGCCAGCCUGGGCCGCGAGGUGCUGCCACCGGAGUCCAGCAAGCAGACCCUGAAGAUCUUUGACGGCAACGAUGCCCUGCAGCGAAACCACUUUCGCGUCAUCACUGUCCCCCGCCUGGCCAGGAGCGAGGAGGUGCUGGAGGCGGCGCUGCGGGCUUACUACGUCCCCGAGGACCCUCGAGACUUUGAGCUGCAGGCGCUGCCCCAGCCCGUGCCGACCGGUGACACCGGGGCGCGGGGAAGGCCCUGGAGCGGAGGGAUUGCAGAGGAGGAGGGCGGCAGAGGCCCUGGCGCCCGAGAGGCCGUGCCCGAGGCCUGGAUCAUCCGCGCCCUGCCCCACGCCCAGGAGGUCCUGAAGGUCUACCCUGCCUGGCUCAAGGUGGGUGUGGCCUACGUGUCCGUCCGCGUGACCGCACGGAGCACUGCCCGGGCCGUGGUGCUGGAGGUCCUUCCGCUGCUCGGGUGCCAGGCCGAGGGUCCGGAGAGCUUCCAGCUGGUGGAGGUGCUCAUGGGUAGCAGGCAAGUCCAGCGGACAGUGCUGCCGGACGACGAACCCCUGCUCCGCCGGCUUCGCGACAUCCGGCAGACGUCCCUGCGGCAGAUGAGCCAGACGCGGUUCUACGUGGCUGAGAGCAGAGCCGUGGCCCCGCACGUCUGCCUGUUUGUCGGUGGCCUGCCUCCUGGCCUGUCCGCCCAGGAGUAUGGCAGCCUGCUGGACGAGGCCGUGGCCACCAAAGCCGGCCUGGUGUCCAUGAGCCACGUCUACUCCUCCCAAGGUGCAGUGGUGCUGGACGUGGCCUGCUUUGCGGAGGCUGAGCGGCUGUACAUGCUGGUCAGGGACACGGCUGUGCAGGGCCGGCCGCUCACUGCCCUGGUGCUCCCAGAUGUGCUGCACUUGAACCUGCCCCCAGACUGCUGCCCCCUUCUCGUGUUUGUGAACCCCAAGAGUGGAGGCCUCAAGGGCCGGGACCUGCUCUGCAGUUUCCGGAAGCUGCUGAACCCUCACCAGGUCUUUGAGCUGACCAAUGGGGGGCCUCUUCCUGGGUUCCACAUGUUCUCCCAGGUGCCCUGCUUCCGGGUGCUGGUAUGCGGUGGGGAUGGCACUGUGGGUUGGGUGCUCGCUGCCCUGGAGGAGAUGCGGCACCGUCUGGCCUGCCCAGAGCCUUCUGUGGCCAUCCUGCCUCUGGGCACAGGGAAUGACCUUGGUCGGGUCCUCCGCUGGGGGGCGGGCUACAGUGGAGAGGACCCGUUCUCUGUGCUGGUGUCAGUGGACGAGGCUGACGCCGUGCUUAUGGACCGCUGGACCAUCCUGCUCGAUGCUCAGGAGGCUGCAGGUGCAGAGAACAGCGUGGCAGACGUGGAGCCUCCCAAGAUCGUGCAGAUGAGUAACUACUGUGGCAUUGGCAUCGACGCAGAGCUAAGCCUGGACUUCCACCACGCACGGGAGGAGGAGCCCGGCAAGUUCACGAGCAGGCUCCACAACAAGGGUGUGUACGUGCGGGUCGGGCUGCAGAAGAUCAGCCACUCGCGCAGUUUGCACAGGGAGAUCCGUUUGCAGGUGGAGCAGCGGGAGGUGGAGCUGCCCAGCAUUGAGGGUCUCAUCUUCAUCAACAUCCCCAGCUGGGGCUCAGGGGCCGACCUGUGGGGCUCUGACAGCGACUCAAGGUUCGAGAAGCCACGCAUGGAUGACGGGCUGCUAGAGGUGGUGGGGGUGACAGGCGUCAUGCACAUGGGCCAGGUCCAGGGCGGGCUGCGCUCCGGCAUCCGCAUCGCCCAGGGCUCCUACUUCCGUGUAACUCUCCUAAAGGCCACGCCUGUGCAGGUAGAUGGUGAGCCCUGGGUCCAGGCUCCCGGGCACAUGAUCAUCUCAGCUGCAGGUCCCAAGGUCCAUAUGCUCAGGAAGACCAAGAAGCAGCCCAGGAAGGCUGGGACCCCCAAGGAUGCCCGAGCAGAUGGGGUGCCUGUCCCUGAAGGGGACCCCAAGUAGCAGAGCACCCUGGAACAGUCUGCCUGACCAGCACCUGCUGCAGCCAACCAUGGACGGACUUGCUCACGGCUCUGACUGCGGGCGUCUCCCCCUCAUCCCUGUGACAUGUGGAAGCUGCUGAGUGGGUGGCAGGUGUUUCUUCCCCUGGCCUCUGAUGACAGGGUGGGCACAGGGCUUUGGCUGGCCAAUGCUCUCGCCUCUCGGGGUCCAGGCCACCAUCCUGGGUGGCAGGCACUUUUCCCUUUGCAUCCACCCCUGCCACCACCUCUGAGCCUGCUGAGCUGGGCAGCACAGAGUCCCAAGCCAUCCCCCCAGAUGCUCCUACAGGGCAGCCAGCUCUGUGGGCCCUGGGUGUGCCCAGUACAGACUCACGACACCCUGGCCAUGAGGGCUGGGCACGGGCACGUGCUGUGUCUCGGGGGAAGGUGCCUUCUUGUCCGGCCCCGCUGCUGUAUGAGCUGCUUGGGCUGGAGGGCCCAGGCGUCUGGCUGGUGGCCCUGCGAUGUGAUAGGGUUGCACCUGGGGACACUCCCCGAGACCAGGCGGGCUUGGCCAACAGCCUGAAGACGGUGGGGUCGUGCCCAGGGAGCAGCAGAGUCGGAAGGGGCUGGGCCCUCACAACGGUGGGGCAGGGCGUGCCUGGAAGGGACCAGAAACACACUCAGGCAGGCCAGGGCCAGGAGACCCAGAGGAAGUUUACAAAGUAUGAAGUGGGAGGAGCCAGCUUUAAUCACCUGCUUGUCAACAAUCAGUCCCAGUGUCUGUUCAGCUGACCAGGCUCCUGGGUCUCCGUGCUGCUGCUCGUGGGGACGGAGACGUGGCAGGAGGGGUGUGGGGCCGGCUUCCACCACGCAGAGUUCAGACGGCCCACGGCGUCUGGCCUCAGGCCCAGGAGGACGGUCUCCUGGGUCCCCCCGGGAGCUCGACCCCCUCCGCCCCUCCCGUCCCGGCUCUCUGCUGUUGGCGCCAUCUGGCCGGGCUUGGCCCUGGCAGCCACGUCCCCCAAGCUUCUGCCAAAGCUGCACAAAUGCACUGUAGUGGCCAUUUGUGGCGAACACUCCUAUCAUGUGCCUCUGCACACGACUGUGUGUUGUGUCCUGUUGGUGUACUUAUUUUGCUCUGUAGGCCUUGGUGUUGGUUUUGGUCUGUGGUUCUCUGUAUGUGGUGGCCAGAGUGUCUGUCCUUCUGUAUUUAAGUGAGUUUGUGUGGGCUCGGCACCAAGGCCGUGUGUGUACCUUGUCACUACCUGAAUGUAACCAUAAUUUAUACCCAGGACAAAUACAGUCUGGGCGUCGCUGGCCUGCCUGUC